CCAUACCUGAAACUAGUUUUAUUAUGGUGUAUUUGGGAUGAACAAUUAAAGACAAACACACGAGUAUUAGAAGAGCUAAACCUUCAAUGCAUGUGAUGUUUAACGCCGAUAGGGACGUCUCGUCCAUGCAUAUCGCCGUGACUUUCUGAUUAAAUAUGUCAUUGUUUACCUCAAUAAUUCAUCAAUUUACGCUCAAAUCACCCGCUGCUCUUUAGAAGCCGUUUCGAGUGAUUUGCCGAUAAUUAUGGCGCACAUAUGUGCACUGAGAGACGGAGUAAUUUGUAAAGCGAGGUUAGAUUAAGUUGUAAUAGCGACGAGAAAUGACUCGCUGUAGUGUUGGGGGUUGUUGGAUCUGGGACUAAUUACCGUGGCAGUUUGUCUGGUAGCAAUCAAUGCUCGUCAGGUAACUUCGGGUAGGGCAACAAAGGCACUCCCCGCUCGUCCUAGCAUUUACCAGAUUAAUACAUCAACAUUGAACUGGGAUGCAGUGAUUGAAGCUAGGGCAUCUCCGGAGUAAUCACCAGCCUCACAACAAAGCUACACUAAAUGAAAUUGAAGCGGAUCCGAACAUCGGUAUAGCACGCGCGGGUCUCACGUGUAGCUGGGCUUUUUAUAAAUACAUUUGUUAGAUUAAUAUCUCAACUGAAAGUAACCAUUUCUGGACACAGAUAGCUCUCUGCCGAUGUAUUUUUCGUCUUAGAGCAAACAGCAAGCUUUGAAAUAGCAAAUUAGACGGAAGUUCUUUUAGCUCGGUAACAUCGGACUAUAUAUAUUUCAUCAGCUAGAUUGCACUCGCUGCAUCGUUAACGGCGAACAAAAGACAGCCCCGUGAGCAUGCAUUGUCUAACAGCUUCCUAGCGACAUCGUCGACACCAAGAACGUCAUGUUACGCCCCGCUGCUAUCCAUCGUCAAGGCUACGUUAAACCGUAUUAAUAAUUGAAAAACCGCUGUCCCCGCUGCUCGCUAUUUAGUGCUAAUUUUCCGCAUGCUCGCCCGAGAGUAGGGUCAUCAGAGUGAUGGACGAAUGAGGGGAGUUCUACCCGUGAUAUAAGAAAUAGCCAGUGUCCCACGGGUGACCGCUGACCCUCUCAUCGCGUGGCUUGUGAGGGAAGCCGGCCUGUUAUUGUCAGGCUUGCGAUGGUGUGUAUACACAUUAUUACACAGCCCUAUGAAUAGCUUAUUGGAUCACGGGUAAUCGGCUAUACACAGCUGAGACUUGAAGUCUACAAAUUAGGCCAGAAAAAUUCGUUCGAGUCAGGCAGUUUAUUACACAAAGAGGUGCUUAUUAACUAUAUUUACUAUAACUGAUUGUGCUAACCACCUUCUGUUUAGGCUGCCCCCGGUUGCGGAUAAGAAUUUUUCUUUCAGUUGUGAUAAAGUUUGAUAUGGAGUUUACGGUAGCAUGUCAGAUAUUCGAUAAAAUCCAAUUAUGUGUAAAAGUUGCUAUAUGUCUCAGCUGGUGACAGCUUUGUCAACACGUGUAGGCCAUGGGGACAAGCAGUCGACAGGGUCGUCUUCAGUCAGUUGUUUUAAUGAUAAGACUUUCCUCACCCCAGGGGACCACACUUCCCACCCUUAGACCCUCUCGACUCAAAUACCCUAAUAUUACCCGGCGUUGUCUUGGAGGGAAGAGGGAGAGAGAGGCUGGUAGGGGUCGGGGAAUGCACGUGCACACCACGACCCCAUCCCGCCCUUCACAUUGCCAUAUGCUGCUUAAUUCCAAUCUGUGAAAUUGGGUCUGGGUUCAAACCACAAUUAAAUUGACUUGUACAAAUUUUGAAAAGAACUGACUUGUGAAGGACAAUACGGGUUUGCCCCGGUCGAGAAUGUCAGCGCAUUUUGAAACAACAUGUGAUCUCAGUUUGAUAUUCCGUAUAAAUCGUUACGUAUUUGCAUAGUAUUUAUUGUGAGUCGGUGGGGCUCGGGAGAUGUUGUAUAGGCACAUAGCUUAAGUUGGCUGGAAACUUCGAUCUUCUUGUCCACAUAUGUCGCGGGCAGCGUUUCGGUGGGGACCGAGGUUUUUGUCUUGCCCUCAGACUUAUACCCCUCAACCUGCACCCCGACCAUCGCCGCUGACUGUCCGGUCUCUCUUGCAGUGUGGUCCGAUCGCUACCUCACCCCCACCACCGAGUCCCGUGGUCUCAUCCCCACACUGGAUUCUCUCCCCACGGACGACCUGAGGAUGGCCUCCAUGGCCUACCCACCCGUGUCAUCCUCUCACAUGUCCAAGGCCGGCAACCCCUACUCCGUCAACGGCAUCAGCUUGACCUCCCCUAACGUGGACCUGCUCCAUCCAGCUAUGGGCUACCAAGGCGGUAAUCCAAGGAAGCAGAGACGUGAGCGUACCACCUUCACCCGCGCCCAGUUGGACGUUCUAGAAGGCUUGUUUCAGAAGACACGCUACCCUGAUAUCUUCAUGCGAGAGGAAGUCGCCCUUAAGAUCAACCUACCCGAGUCUAGAGUCCAGGUUUGGUUCAAGAACCGCCGUGCCAAAUGCAGGCAGCAACAAAAGGCCCAGGAACAGAAGACCAAACAACAGCAGGGGGGUCAGCCUAGCCCACCCCAGACGUCACAGUCCCCCAAGAAGGAGCCGAAGACACCCCCACCCCAGGCUCCCUCCCCAGUCACGUACAAACCCCCAGUCGUCAGCACCACACCCCCCAACGGCAGCUCCCUCAACGCCGCAACCUCCAUCUGGAACCCAGCAGCAUCCAUGCCACCCAUGAACGAAUUGAUGUCCAACAACAGUUGCAUGCAACGUUCUUAUCCCAUGAGCAAUGGUCAAGCACAUUCCUAUAACCCCCAGGGCUACGGUCACUCGUCCUACUAUGGCAAUAUGGACUACCUGAGUCAGAUGCAGCUCCCAGUCAUGUCCAAUCAGAUGACCAAUGGUAUGGGCAGCAUGUCCAACACACACGGGAACCAAAUGGCCUCAUACGGUACGCUACCCUCCGCACAAACGCUCUCAAGAGGUAACCACGGUGACUGCUUGGACUACAAAGACACAACAUCCUCGUGGCCCAAGUUCCAGGUCCUAUGAGCCGUGCAAUGAGACACUUCGUGAACAUUUACCAAGUGAGGUUUCGGGACUACCGUCACUGGAAACUAAGCUAGUCUGGUGGCCACGUUGGCAUGGCAACAACCUAGGUUGAGUUGCAUCCUAGCGCGGUUGUACAAUCGUGCUUCCCGUGAAGUCCACAGUUACAUGGCCACUAUCAGACAAUCGACCACAGAUGUUGUGAAUCACAGUCUUGUGACCAGUGACGUCAUCCGUUUGACGUCAUCCGUGUGACGUCAGGAAUCCUACCCGUCUGUGUGUUUCGUUACAACCUCUAUGCCCAGCGAAACGUGCAAGUUCCCGCUCCGGUGGGAACACCAUUAUUUAUAUGCGCACUACAUUAUUGCCGGUGUCGUCCAUCGAUGUGCCCUCCACCCCCAAAGACGGCCAGAGAGGGCUGUUGUGUAAGAAGCCUGUAUAUACUCAGAGAGAAAAAGUUGUGCUCCACCCCAGGGGCACGCUACGACCCCGGGCACACGCCACCAGUAUUAAACGGUCACAACGUCACCCCGCCCGCCAUCACGACACCAUCUCGACGACCACGUGAGCUUGCGACGUCGUCGCCCGAUUCUACUUUGUAGCGACAACGAAAUGCCCUGUCCAUCAAUUGUAAAUUAUAAUCGCCACGUGACCUGAGCUGCAAUGUAGUAUUACUUUACACCUGUACUCUUGAAUUGUUUUCUUUGUCAUUUCUCUCUAUUUAUGGCACCAGAAGGUGCAACAAAGCGAUGACCAUUAAGCACUUUUAAUAUAUUUAGUGUGACUCAAGAAAUUUUGAGUUAGUGAAUAAAUCGUUGUUUUAUGAAA